UCCAUUACAGGCAGUGAUAUUCUCCAUAAGACUUUUUGAUGUGUCUUUAGACUGAAUUUAUAAUAAUAAUAAUAAUAAUUGUCAGGACCAUAAUUUCUGGGCCUGUACUCUGGCACCAGAAAUCAAGGACGCUUACACAAAGAACUGAUAAGGCACCUGCGGCUCCCGGCUCUGAAGGGAAACGGCUGAUGUGCGAGCGGGAAGAAUUGCGCGGGGGUUUUCUCUAGGCGGGAAUGACUUCUUUGAAUGUGGGGGGAGUGUAUAUAAGGGAGUCUUACUGGGCCGACCAUCAAUCUCGGCUUUAUGUGUGUCAAAGUGUUCUUCAGUAAAGUUUUCAGUGACAACAGAGCAAGCCUCUUGUGUUCAUUUGGAAGCGGCUGGAGUGAGCUGACAUCAAAGCCGAGAUUGCAGGCACUGUCCCGUGGCAGCGGUGAGGUGUGAUGGAGACGGAGGGAGACGAGCUCCUGGGCGCAGGAGGGGGUCCGUCGGGACGAGACACUCCCGACGAGCCGGAUGCCGAAUUCCACCGACUGGCAGCCCUGGCGUCCUCCACGGCUUAUGCCCAGCCGAACGGAGUGACCCAAAGGCGAGGAGGAGCGCAGAGAGACAGCACCGAAGGAGAGGGCGAGCUACACUUCCCAUCCCCACAAAAGAUGGUGUUCCUGGAGGAGAGGAUGACGGCAAUGGAGACCACCCUGGCAAUAAUGUCAAGGGCAAUGGAACGCCUAGCACCUUUGGCGGAGCUGGGAAAAGGAAGGGAACCUCGGACUGGCUCAAUGUGGGACUUGAGCAUGGGAAGUAGCCAGAGCUUCGCAGAUCUCCCAGCACCGAAGGGAAGGGGAAUGCGAAGAGAGCUCGGCGCCCGACCCAAGACCUUAGCAAGCCUGGCACGGGUGGAGGAAAGCGACAACGAGGAGGAAAGGCCUCCAAGGUCCCCAGCUACCUUCCAGCCAGAACUCCUGGUGCCCCUAGCGAACGCCGGGCGUGGCACAGGGCAACGGGAGGCAACAGCGGGGCCCCCGGGAACUCGAGGGAGCUUGCGACGGGCGGAACGUUGGGAGCAGCCGCCACAAGAUAUCCAGCAAAGACGAGAGGAUCUGAGAAUGGAGUAUGGAGGAGAAUCCUCCGAGCUAGACUUUUUCCUCACUACUGUAAAAGGUUACAUGGAAGAUAAUGGCCACACGUUCCGGACGGAGUCCAGCAGGGUUCGGGCAAUCGGGGCAGUCCUGAGAAGGGGAGCGGCCAGCUGGUAUGUACAACUGCAUGCCAGACACGACCCAUGCCUGGGGUCGGUAAGGCGCUUCCUAGCAGCACUGGAGGACCGCUUCCGAGACCCGCUUGAGCGAAUCCAGGCGAGGGAGAAACUGAAAGCCAUCUACCAGGGGCAGAGGUCAGUUUCCCAAUACGCUGAGGAGUUCCAAUGCCUAGCCGAGAGAAUUCCGGAGUGGUCAGAGGUAACCAAACUGGAAAUAUUCAAAGAGGGACUACGGCGAGAGAUCCUUGCAUGGGCAGCGCAUCGGGAUGAUCCGGAGACGCUGAGAGGCUGGAUCCAGUUAGCAGGCCGUGUCGAAACCACAUUGGCCCAAGUGAAGAGGCACCGGGGGGGACAACAGCAGCUUCCGAGGCCGAAGGAGGUAGCAAGGAAGCCGGAGCAACCCCCAACCAGGAGACAGACCGAGGCGAAGGGAACCAGCGGAGGAGCGAGAAGGGAGUGCUUUGUGUGCGGGCGUGUGGGACACAGAGCCGCGGAGUGCUGGCAGAGGAAAGGAGGAGGGGGCAAUCAGCCCAAACAGCAGGCAGCAACAGGAAAGCGUGCUGAAGAAGAAUCGUCAACAAAGGGCCCUUCGGAGGGAUUGGAAGAAGAGGAGGAGGAAAUCAUGUCAGGACCAUAAUUUCUGGGCCUGUACUCUGGCACCAGAAAUCAAGGACGCUUACACAAAGAACUGAUAAGGCACCUGCGGCUCCCGGCUCUGAAGGGAAACGGCUGAUGUGUGAGCGGGAAGAAUUGCGCGGGGGUUUUCUCUAGGCGGGAAUGACUUCUUUGAAUGUGGGGGGAGUGUAUAUAAGGGAGUCUUGCUGGGCCGACCAUCAAUCUCGGCUUUAUGUGUGUCAAAGUGUUCUUCAGUAAAGUUUUCAGUGACAACA